AUGGCCAGGAAGGCCAGGUUUCGCAAAGAAGCAGUUGCCUUUAGUGUUGUCUUCACCUUGGUGGUCUUCUUCCUGCUCCCAAGGCAACGAAUCCUCAGCCAACCACUCCUGGAGACGUCGAAGGAGGAGCUCCAUCCGAUCCAGCUGCUGCAUCAAGAGGCCAUUAGUGAUUUCGAGGCACUUCUAUCUCAACAAUCACAGAGUCCAGAUGAGGCCGCCGCCGAGUAUGAAGAACGGUAUGGCAAGCCGCCACCACCAGGCUUCAAGGAAUGGGUCAAGUACGCCUUGCGGCAGCGCUCACCGAUAAUCGAUGAAUUCGAUACCAUCUUCGACAAUGUGGAGCUUUUUCACCAGUAUACUCCAGAGAGGUUGGAGCACCUGAUGGAGGAGGCAACCAAAGGCGAUAAUGUGGCCGCAACGCUGUGUUCAUACACCAAGGCCGACGGAUUUCAGGGCUGCGACUACUUUGGUUACACCCUGGACUGGAUAUUUGGAGACGCGAAAAAGCGCCUUCCAGAUGUCAAAGUCCCGGUCAAUGUUCUAGACGAGCCAUCCGUGCUGCUGAUGAAUGAUGCGAAUGAUGACAUGGCUUCUGUGUGGCCGAACCUAGCUCAUCAGAGAAUCGUGGAGCAAGUCGCAGAAGCCUGUAUGGUCCGAGGAGAAACCACGGUAGACAGGCUCUUGGUCGACAGUGUCAACACAUUCGGUUUGCCUUUCGUCCAAAGUGUCGAGGAGGAGAAGGAUCUGUGUCUCCACCCGGAAUACAAGGACUACCACGGAUUCUUGAACUCUCCCACCAAUUUCCGACAACUCGGCACGGCCAUACCUCUAUUAUCAAGAGCAGCUCCCUAUCCCUUUGCCGACGUCCUCAUGCCAUCCCCUUAUUACGCCUUCCCUUACAAUCUUUACAACGGGAUACUUGACAAACCAUGGCACGAAAAGAAAAAUGCCGUCUUCUGGCACGGGUCGACGACCGGUGGCCACUGGCACAAAGACACCCAAUGGCGGCAGGGUCACCGCCAGCGGCUCGCGAUCCUGGUCAACAUGCACACCAGGGGCCAAAACUACACGUACCUGCAGCCGACGAACAAAACAGGGCCAGCCAGCGACCCCUGGCGGGCGUUCAGCACGCCCGAGAUCAACCGCACGCUGUAUGACGUGCACAUCUCAGCGGCGAUGCAGUGUGACGACGACGAAUGCGACCAGCAGACCAAGUUCUUCCGGAUCAACGAGCACAGCGACCAGGGGCCGACGCAGCCGUACGAGUACCGGUUCGCGUUCGACAUCGACGGCAACAGCUACAGCGGGCGCUUCCACAAGCACCUGGCGGGCCACACGACGCCGCUCAAGAUGAGCAUCUUCAAGGAGUGGCACGACGAGCGCCUCAUCCCCUGGCUGCACUACGUGCCCGUCAGCCAGAGCAUGGAGGAGCUGCCCGAGCUGAUGCGCUUCCUUGCCACCACCGACGAGGGCCAGGAGAUCGCCUUCCGUAUCGCGGAGGAGGGCAGGAAGUGGUACCACCGCGCGCUCACGCCGGUGCACCAGGGGCUAUAUUUGUAUAGGUUGUUUUUGGAGUUGGCGUGGCUUUUAGAUCCGGAGCGGCCUGUGGGGUAG